CUCUGCUUGGGGUAAUUAGCCUUCCAGGCAGCAGAAUCAGUGUUGCGCUCUGGACUGAUGAUAAUUAGCUUUCUAAAUGUGACCUGUGUCAACGUUGUCUGGAGGAAAGACGUCCUGUAACAUUUUGUAAAACGAGAACCUGAGAGCGAUGCGACUGCUCGACUAAGAAGCUGAGACGUUAGGGCUGAAUGGACAGAAGACAAACCAGACCCGGGGUUCUUCACUGGACUCCGACGCCCGUCCGAGAGUCUGCCUCCUCCACGCUGACAUCCGACGACUCCUGGGAGGAGGAAGACAAUGACGAAGAGGAAGAGGAUGACUUCUUCAAGGAAAUGAAUGAAGAUGGCAUCAUUGGGCUGUCGGAGGCCUUAGAGGAGUGGGAAUUAGGGAACCCGAGUGGCGAUCCUUGCUCCCCAGAGGACACGGUUCCUAGUGGAGGCAACAAGGAUUCAUCUCUGAAGUCCUCUGGAGACGAUUUUCAACUCCGGACAGCCACAGCAGCUGAAAACCCAGAGUCUAACUGUCUGGUCUCCGAGUCCACCUCCUCCUUUUCGCCUCACCUUGCUGCAUUCACCGAGGAGGAGCUGACAGCUACUUCAGAGAUCGAAGGAGAAACCCUCCCCGACGCAGAAGUAGAGUCUUCCUGCAGCCGCAGCAGCAUGAGGUCCAGCCCGCCGUGCCUGGAGCUGAAGCUCAGAGGUUCUCCCCAGCCAGCUGUGGCCAGUUCUGAACAAGAGAACAUUCCUUCAGAAGAAUCAGAAAAGCAGAAAGCUGGACUCCCUCCUGGAGCUCUGAAGUCCAGGACGUGUUCCCUCGGCGGAGCCCAGAACGGCUCGCCAGAGGCCAGAGGUCGUGACAGAAACGUGAAAGCUGCUGGAGCCAGAAGUAACCCUGCAGGAAUGAAUGAGCUCAGGAGAGCAUCACUGUCUCAUCAAACCCUGAACUUCUCAAAGGUGGAACCCAGGAUUCAUUUCCCCAAGCAAGGCUACCAGCCCCCGAAAGGCAGGAAGUCGUUAGAGAAAGCCACGAUGUCGCCGCAGCCCCCCAUCGUGUUUAAAUCCCCCGCCGACAUCGUUCAGGAAGUUCUGUUCAACAGUGGCGGAUCCUCCUACUCCUCCGAUUCCAACACGCCCACACAGGGUCCCAACUCCACCGUCCCUCUAGAGUUCAGGUGUCGGCAGCAGGCCACCACUCUGCUGCAACAGCUUCAGGAAGACUACGAUAGGCUGCUGACCAAGUACGCGGAGGCGGAGAACACCAUCGAUCGUCUCCGUCUGGAAGCAAAGGUGAACCUGGACUCCGAGCCUCCAAAGGCGGGUCACGCUGUGCCUGCUGGGCUGAACCAGAAGGCUUCAUACGCCUUCAAGAUGGAUUUAUUUCACCCUCACAGAGCUACGACCUGCUCUCCUGGACGAGCUUCCCGGCAGGAAAAGUUAGACGCCUCUUCUUUGACAUCCGACUUGGGACAGCAACUCUCUAAUAUCCUCUUCGCUCAGUCUGACAAGUUCCUUCAGCAGGUGCAAAUUUUUGAGGAUCUCUUUAAGAAGGAUGACCUCGCAUCCUUAGAAGAAUUAAAGCGCGGCGUUUCUCAGCUCUACGAGGGGCUGAACUCUCUAGAAAGAGGAUACCUUCUGGCUCGAGAUGAGCACAAGCUCCUGCAGCAGAGAGGACAGGAAACCCGACUUUUUGACCCCGAACGGAAGCUGGAGAGCCUGAUCUUCCAGUGUGGGCUGCGAAUGGAGGACCUGAAGGAGCAGGUGGAGCAGAUUCAGCAGCAGCAGCUUCAGCAUCAGGAGCCGGUUCAGCUGGAAAUGUUUCAGCAGAAUCAGACUGAGCAGGCGGAGCAGGUUCCGCAGGAACCGAUUCAGCAGGAGCUGACUGAGCAACAGGAACCGAUUCCAGAGCAGCUUGAGGAGGAUCAGAUUCAGCAGGAGAAGAUUCAGCAGCAAGAGUCGAUUCAGCAGGAGGUUCAGCAGCACAAAGCCGCUGCUUCUUGUUGUUCUUCACCUCCUGGAACCUCCUUAUCUGAUCUGUCUGAAGGAGAAAUAACCCAGACUCAACCGCAGAGCCCAUCUCUGCCUUCCCAGACGGAUUCAGUUUCUGCAGCAGAGCCGGAGACAACAUCCGCUUGCAAAAACAGUGAGCAAGAGGCUCAAGAAGACUUCCUGUCUCGCUACUUAAGAUCUUUGACUAGAAGGGGCAAACGUGUUGAGUUUGAACCAACUGAUUCGGUGGACUACUGCCAAACACGGAAGGAGUGUUUCAUAGUUCCCAAACCUGCGUCCUCUCUUCCUUCAAACCCGCCUGUGAAGCACGGAGGAGAGAAAGAAGAGCAGAAAGGUUGCAGAAAUGGAAACGCUGAAGUCCAGGAAACUUUUGCACAGAGCAGAAAAGUGAAAUUGGACGUCGUCUCUCUGCGGCGCGCUAAGACCAGCCUUCCCUCAUGCAGCCCCCCCUCCACGCCGCCUGCUGCUUCGGCCCGCAGCAGGAAGCGCUUGGAGCGGAGCAGCAGCCUGAGCAGCGCCUGCAGCCUGGCGGACGCAGCGCCAGAAUGGAGGAGCUGCAAGGUUGAGACAGGAAGCCGGAGGGUCCCGUCUCAGGAUCGGAUCUCCCCAGAGACGGACAGCGGGUUCAUGGGCUCCGAGAGCAGUCAUCAGAUUCCUGGGGUAGUUCCGCUCCGCUACCACCAGGUGGCGACAGAGAGCGUGUCGGAUCUCCAGGACAGAAGCCCAAACAGCCCCCUGUCUGCCUCCCAGCUGGACACGGGGCCUGGAUCCGGCACCGAGCCGGGGCUCCGUCAGAGGAGGAGGAGCAGGCAGAGGAGGCGCACCUUCUCCCCCCAAAGCUCCAUCAGCCAGAGGAAACAGGCCAGAGCCGACGCCAAGCCCUCUGACCUCUGGACGCUCUUUUACUCCAGCACAAGCAACGCUCGCUCCGUCUCUGAAGAGCAGCGCAGCGUCCGCUCCGCCGCCGCCGCUGCUGCCGCCGCCGCCGCCGCCGCCAGCGGCUCUCUCUCCAGCUCCCCGCCGCCCGCCCGCCGCCGCCAUGGCGACCCCCCCAGAGGGCGGAGCUCCAGCUGCGGGGGAGGGGGAGGGGGGAACCCCAUUGACGCGUUCCUGAUCCUGCAAGCCGAAGUUAACCGCCUGAAGGAGAAACUGGAAAUUUCUCGGCGGUACGAGGAACCGCUGAGCUCGACGAAAAACGAGAAGCCGCUGGGCGCCGCGACGACUUCGGCUCAGAAAACCUUCUGCCGCCGCUCCUCCCCGUCUCCCAUCAGGUCCGAUUUUAUCCUCCAGCCUCGACUUAGUCCCAGAUCCACGGAGCUUUGCAGUGACGUCGGUCUGGAGAGGAAAUUAGUUCAGACCUUCGAUGACGUCGAACCGGAGACGCUCGUCUCUCAUCGAACCAGAGAGACGAGAGGCGCCGCUGCGCCAAAACAACAGAAUCUCUUCUUCAGGGGAUCAGAACCGGAGCAGCUUCAGUCUCAGGUUUCCAGAUUCACCCAAACGUCUCUGGCGCCGCCAAACAUCUCGACCUCUGACGUUCGCAGCAGGAAAACACAGACGUGGAUGUCCUCCGCUCCGGAAGCUGCAGACAAACCUGACGGCAAAGACCAGAGUCCUCUCUGUCCUCAGUGUCUGUCCAUCCUCAGGCAGCCUGCACAACGUCCACCAGGGGGCAGCAGAGAGCCGUCGGACCCGCCGUGUUGGUACCGCUGUCACAUCUGUGGACUUCUCAAAAUGCACAAAUGCAAAGAUUCAGAUUGUUACAGAUACUUUCCCUCCAGUCACGUAAACCAGCAGCCAAGUUCCCCAGACAGAACCAGGAGGUCCAGCGUCGCCGCAGUUUCACCUUCAACCCUGAAUCAGAUGCCUUUGCACCCACAACAGCUACAGAUGCCCUCCAAACCUCGGUGUUCCUCUGCUGACAUGUCGCCGGGCCACGGCUCAGGACUCUGGCGUCCCAGAGAGAGGAAGAGCCGCCGCAGACGCUCGUACGCGGGGGAGGGCCAGGCGUCGCUGGACGGCUCUCUGGAGCGCGCCAUCCGCGCGGCGCGGCGCAUGAAGCACACGUCCAGACACAUGGCGCACUCGCUGGCGUCGGGCCUCGUCUACCAGAAGCUGCUCACGCAGUCCUGCUACUACUAGAGGCCAGGGGACAGCAACUCUACCAAAGUGAAUAAAAACAGUAAAUUUUC